UUUUGUCAUUCUAUACUUGAAAAUUUUGUCAUGAAUCAGGACUGCUACACACAUACAUUUGAUAAGCAGAAGGACAAAUGGAAAGCCUGUGUUCUAAAUCAUCGUCCGCUGCAUGUUCUGAUUUAUGAGGGAAGAACAAGUCAAACAACCCCCCCCCACGCCAAGGCAAUGACAACAGCAACCGCGCGCAGACAGCGCCGGGGGAGCAAGCCUCCGCAAGAGGUGGCGCAAACCCAUCGAGCGGAUGAAACUGCAUUCGAAGCAGGAACUGGAGGCAUCCCCCGCCCCCUGCCCGCGUGGUCGCAAGCUGCCCCGCCCAGCAUUCAAAUGCAGGAAGCGAAGCCAGCCCCCGCCCCCUGCCCGGCGGCGCCAGCGGCCUACAAUCUCCACCCUUGUGGGCUAUCCAGUGAGGAAGUGCCAAGGCUACAGAUUACUUGCGAAGUGAAAAAAGUGCACAGAAACAGCUGGAACCUCCAAAUACACUUGGUGGUGACCGUCCAGCCCUACCCCACGAAUCCAAUCCAGUCCCAGUUGCUGUACCUUAAGGACCAAAUUCACAGCCUGUGCUGUCAGGCAGUGCGUGAAUCUUAACAAGAACUCUAAGCCAAAUGCGGUUCGCGGUCGCGGACGUCUGGGAGAAGGGGCCCAAGGACGUGCAUUAGUUGCUCGCCGUGUCGGAUGUCCGGCGCUAGCGCGCGGUCAAGGACGUGCAUUAGUUGCUCGCCGUGUCGGACGCCCGAGCAGUUCAC